AGGAGUUGGAAGAAGCGAAUGUUCUGCCGCCGGUUUACGUGUCAACUGUCAAAUUCACCCCAGAGAGCAGGAUGAACCUGUACUGCGAUCAGAUUUUAGCUUCUUGCAAGGCAGAAGAAGCAGAUGAAGCAAUGAGCAAGUACCUCACUGAAAAGCUUCGUGCAAGAAGUACAUGGUUAGGAGUAUGGAAAACAAAUCCAGAGCUCUUUUUUGUAAAGUAUGAUGAAGGAUCUAUACCCUAUGUUGGUGUCUUGGUUGAGGUCACGUGCAGGCCUCGACAAAGCCAAUCUUCUCAUUUGCGAGCUACAGUAUCAAUCAUAGAACCGUAUUCUUCUAAUAUCGCUAAUCUGCCAAGAGAACUUGUUGAGGAAGUUUUGGAGGAGCUAGAUCACUGUGUUCCGUUGUUGGAAGUUUAUCCAAUAGAUGAUCAGGAUUCUGCUGUAUGUGGUAUUGCUCAAGCCUUGGAAAAUGUUAGGUUCUUUUAUGACUUUCUGUGGAGAGACUGGGAUGAUGAGGAAGGCUGCGAUAAUUACACUGCACUUAUAGAAGAACGUAUACGUUUAUUUUAUGAUAUUCAAGAUGGAACAAUACCAGGCCCUGUAGGUCAACGUUUCAAAAGGACAUUGGAAAAAUAUAGAAACAAACGUGUGGAGCUUAUAGAAUAUCAAAGCAAUAUACGAGAGGAUCCAUCAGCAGCUGAAGCAGUGGAAUGUUGGAAAAAAUAUUACGAAAUUCUAAUGAUUUGUGGACUGUUAAAAAUCUGGGAAGAUUUGCGUCUUAGAGCACAUGGCCCAUUUUUUCCACGAAUAUUGAGGCGUAGGAAAGGACAACGUCCUUCUGGAAAAAUUGUAACUCACAUUGUGGCAAAAAUGAUGACAGCUGACAUGGUUAAGGAUUUCUCUGCAAAUACACUAAUUCAGCAACAUGACAACUUAGAUGCAUCCUUAGACAAUUGCUUCAGUGGAGACACAGUGGUAAUUUUUCCUGGAGAAUAUCAUGCCUCAGGAUUUGGAAUGUUAACAGAUGACAUAAUUAUUAGAGGGGCUGGAAGUCGUGAAGAAAUCGUAAUCUUUUCAGAUCCCACGCAAGACAAUUUUGUGGCUUCAAAAUCCCAAAAUAUUAGCUUAGUUCACCUGACUUUAGUACAGCGUGGAACUACUGACGGCAUUGUGGUAGUAGAAUCUGGUCAUAUGACUCUUGAAGAUUGUCUUUUAAAAUGUGAAGGCACUGGCAUUUGUGUUCUCACAGGAGCAGCCUUAACCAUGAAAAACUGUGAACUGACAGGAGCUCAAGGACCAGGAGUUGAGCUGUACCCAGGAAGUGUUGCUUGUUUGGAAGGAAAUGAUAUUCACAAAUGCAGCAAUGUUAAAAGUUCUGAUGUCCUCAAGAGUAUGUUGGGAGGUAUCAAACUGAAGGUUCUCCCUCCACCAAAACUGAAACUUCACAACAAUUAUGUUCAUUCCAAUAAUGGCUACGGUGUUACCAUAAUCCAGCCUGAUGACAGACAUUGCCGUGAAGUAGAUGAGGUGGUACUGGAAUGUGCUGCAGGAGGUGACAAGAGAGAUGAUCUUGUCAAGGCAAUGCAGAACAUGAGCCUUGAAAUGAACAAUAACAAGUUUGAAAACAAUUCAAUGGGAGAAAUAGGUGUCAUUGUUUGUUAA